GGGCGACGGCGGCAGGGAAGGAGGGGGUGCCUUCAGGUGUCUGCGACCUCGGCGCCUCCCGCCCGGAAGUGCCCGAGGGUCCGCUAUGGAGCUGGCGGAGCCGGGCGCUCAGUAAGGUGGCAGGCAAGGCAGGUGCCAUGGCCUUGAUUGAAGGGGUGGGUGAUGAGGUGACCAUCCUUUUUGCGGUGCUUGCCUGCCUUCUGGUGCUGGCUCUCGCCUGGGUCUCCACACACACCGCGGAGGGCACCGACCCAUUGCCCCAGCCAUCAGGGACUCCAACACCAGCACAGCCCAGUGAAGCCAUGACGGUCACCGGCAGCAUCCGAGGGGAGGCCCCAGGAGCCGAGACCCCCAGCUUGAGACACAGAGGUCAGGCUGCACAGCCAGAGCCUGGCAUGGGGCUCUCAGCAACACCACCGUCGCCAGACUCCCCCCAGGAGCCCCUAGUGCUCCGGCUGAAAUUCCUCAACGAUUCAGAGCAGGUGGCCAGGGCCUGGCCCCACGAUACCAUUGGCUCCCUGAAAAGGACCCAGUUUCCUGGCCGGGAACAGCAAGUGCGGCUCAUCUACCAAGGGCAGCUGCUAGGAGACGACACCCAGACCCUGGGCAGCCUUCACCUCCCGCCCAACUGCGUUCUCCACUGUCACGUGUCCACGCGCGUCGGUCCCCCACACCCCCCUUGCCCACCGGGGUCAGAGCCAGGCCCCUCCGGGCUGGAAAUAGGCAGCCUGCUGCUGCCCCUCCUGCUUCUGCUGCUGCUGCUGCUCUGGUACUGCCAGAUCCAGUACCGGCCCUUCUUUCCCCUGACCGCCACUCUGGGUCUGGCGGGCUUCACCCUGCUCCUCAGUCUCCUGGCCUUUGCCAUGUACCGCCCGUAGUGCCUCCACGGGCUUUCGGCAGCGUUGCUGGCCCCUCUGGACCUUGCUCCCCUCGACACGGUGGGCGUUGCUGUCUGCCCAGGCCCACCUCUCCGGCCUGCCUCUUCCCACUACCCUGGAGCCCAGCCCUGCGCAGCAGAGCGCUCCGGGAGUCCGCCGACGCCCCUCCCUGUGACCUCCAUGGCUCUGGGCCACGUCCUGGGGCUGCUGGCUCUCGGCCCCCAUUGACAGUCAGCUCCUCGGGGUCAGGCAGCUGCUGUCACUGCCUUGGCCCCGGGCAGAGCCGGGCUACACCCCUGGGCCCUUCUUAGUGUCCUGCCCGAGGACCCAGCCACCUCUAGUCCCUGAUAGCUCCUUGGGCUGGUUGGAGGACCCAAGGACUGCGGGGCGCGGGGGAAGGGAAGCUGGGAGGGGCAGAGGGGUUCUGUGGAACACGUGC